UUUUAAAGAGCAAUUAAUUAUCAUUAUCUUUAUCGCCAAUUCAAGGUAAGUUUAUUUAGGUAUGUAGUGUUAGUCUUUGACAAUUGUUUCACGAUGAACGUGCAAAAAAUCGAACAAGUGGCCCCUUUGGCCCCGUUUGAAUCCAUUAUUGACUACAAAGUACAGCGAUUGACAGCGCCUGGGGAAAAUUACGGAAGUCUCAUAUUACAAAUCGAUUUUACCAUCAAAACUUUGAACACUACAAGAAUCUUGAAUGUUGUAGCAAAAACUGUGCCACCCAAUGAAUUUAUCCAGAAGCUUUUCUGCACUCAAGAGUCAUUCAAAACGGAAAUAGCCUUCUAUAAAGAAGUGGUACCAACAUUGGAAAAGUUUGAACAAGAACUAAGAAUAUCCCAAGAUGGUAUUACAAAUCUUUUUCCGAAAUAUUACGGAAGUCGGAUUAAUUUAAUCAAAAAUUCGACCAAAGUCGACUCUGACGCAAUUCUCCUUCUUGAAAAUCUCAAAUUUGAGGAUUUUAGUACAAUGGAACGUACUCAAGGGUUCAAUUUGGAAGUAUCUAAAGUGAUUGUGGAACGUUUGGCUUAUUUCCAUUCACUAUCACUAAGUCUCAAGCUCAAGAAACCCGAAAUUUUUCAAGAGAAAAUCAAAAGGUAUCUCACAACUUCCCCUCCAGAAAAGGACACCCGAAUCGUUGAAAAACUCAUAAAAUUGAUAAAAGACACCCCUGAUUGCAGUCCAUAUGUCCAGAGAGCGCGUCAUUCCCUCAUGAAGUUGCUACACCCUCCACCACUCUCUCGCGAACCUUUUGCUACCUUCACCCAUGAAGAUUUCUGGGUCAAUAACAUCCUCGUCAAAAGUCAACCCACUACAACUGUUGUUAAAUUUAUCGACUUUCAACGACCCAGAUACGCAUCACCGGUUCGCGAUUUGAUUUUUUUUCUUUUUACCAGUGUCCAAAAUCACACUUUAGAGGAGAAUUGUGACGAUUUGAUUCAACUGUACUAUGAGAAUUUUAUUUCAGUACUUUGCAAACUCAAUUGUGAUAUUAGUGAUUUUACUUUUGAGAAAUUCCAACAAGAAUUAAAAUUCGAGGCCGGAUGUACGCAAUUCGGACAUGUUGUAUUCAUGUUGAAUUUCAUUUUAGCCCCCAAAGAAAGUGUGAAAGAGGAUUUGACAAUGGAGGAUUUGCUCAAGAGUCUAGAUGGGGGGAAUGAGUUGCAAAAGGCCAAGUUGGUACUUGUUGUUAGGGAGUUUGCAAAGAGGAAUUGGAUAUAGAAAUAAAACAGCAAUCGACCAUGAAAUCAUUUAUUGCCAAAUUAUGGCCUAAAUGCAGCUUAAAAAAAUCAUUCAUUACGAAAUGCAAGAGAGACAUCAACACUAUCAAGAAAAAUCGCACUUUUUUUUGGUCGUAGCUUUCACUUUUUGUAUAUUAUGCCCCCCACCCCCACAAAAAAAUCAAUAAACUUUCAACUGGUGUCUUUCGUCGAAUCCGGCCGAAUGACCAGCAUUUCGAACGAUAAAAGUAGUACCAUCGUAAUGCAUGCGACGCUCUCCACGUCGCACAAACAAAUGCCGUGUCUGACCCAUUGACCCCGUGCAAUGUAGGUAAGGGGAGGAGACAGAGGCGGAGCCAUUAGUAGGGGAAGUACGCAAAGAGAACUUGUUACUAUUACGCCCCACUCUGUGCAACAUAAUAAAACUAUUUGUUACGCAAUUUUAACAACUACCUGACUAAACCAUCGGCUGUUUGCGAGAUUCGCACAUUAUUAAUAAUCCAAUUAUCAGUUCGGUCUUCCGUGAGCCAAUAAUUGGCCGAUUGAAGAAUACUAACAGCUUCAUUGACCAAAUGAGUACCAGGUGUGACACAACCAAAAUCCAGCCCACAAUUUGGACGACUUAAACAUUUAUUACAAAACAAACUAGUUUUUAGUUUACUCACUUGUAGAAAACAUCAAGAGUAAUAUCACCAGUCAAGUCGGUAAAAGUAUCAGUAGUGGUGCGAGUUCCAGCAGAGUCCACUAAAUACACGAGGGCGCACUGGUCGCUUGUGAAACUCACCCCCUUGUACCACAUUUUAGCAUAUCUACAAUUGUUUUAUUUCUCAAUUGCAUAAAAAUUAAACAAUCAAAGUCUGUUUUUUUUA